AUGAAAGCGUCAAUUUCCACCAUUUCCAUUGUUUUGAUGUUCGUUUUGUUACCAAUUUCAUUGGCGAAAUGUAACGCGUCUCUUGAUUUUGAUAGUUUUCUUGGAUGUUUCCGACACAUUCCCACCCCUUUUUCGAUUGCAGAUGCCAUAUUAACGCCCAACAAUUUAUCUUUCGAAACUAUAUACCAGCAACGAGCUAAUAACCUUCGAGUCGCCUUGUCUACAACCUCAAGACCUGCGGCCAUUAUAACCGCGCUGCAUCCAUCCCAUGCUCAAGCCACCGUCUUUUGCGCCAAGCGUCAUGGCUUUCAAGUAAGGAUUCGGAGUGGUGGCCAUGAUUUCGAGGGACUUUCGUACACUUCCAGCGUCCCAUUUGUCAUUCUCGACAUGUUCAAUCUCCAUUCGAUCAAUAUCGAUAUGGAGAGUGAGACGGCAUGGGUUCAGGCUGGGGCCACAACCGGUGAACUUUAUUACAGAAUUGCCGAGAAAAGCAAUGUCCAUGGGUUCCCAUCUGGUGUAGGCACCACUGUCGGAAUUGGUGGACACUUUAGUGGAGGUGGCUAUGGGUUUCUUAUGAGAAAAUACGGACUCUCCAUCGAUAAUGUCAUCGACGCACAGUUAAUCGAUGCCAAUGGUAGGAUCCUUAACCGUGAAGCAAUGGGAGAAGAUGUGUUUUGGGCGAUCAGAGGAGGUGGAGCAACCAGCUUUGGGAUCAUCCUUUCAUGGAGGGUCAAGCUGGUUCGUGUUCCACCUAGGAUUACAGUAUUCACAGUGCAAAGGACAUUGGAACAAGGCGCAACGGAGCUUGUUUGUCGUUGGCAACAAGUUGCACGAAAAUUAUCAAAAGAUCUCUUUAUUAGACUGCAGCCUGAGCCUAUAAACAAUGGCGGCAACAAUAGAACCGUUAGCGUUUCAUUCAUCGGCCAUUUCCUAGGGCAAACUGAUGAACUUAUACAAUUGAUGAACGCAGACUUUCCCGAAUUGGAUUUACAACGAAGUGAUUGUUUAGAGAUGAGUUGGGUCGAAUCAGUUUUAUACUGGGCAGGUUUUCCGAACGGAACCACAAUCGAUGAGUUGCUCAAUAGAGUGCAGGUUUACCGAUUUUUUUCCAAGAGCAAGUCGGAUUAUUUCAAAGCAGUGAUUCCUAAACAAGGGUUGGAGACGUUAUGGGAGGCAUUGAUGGACACUGGAGAUAUUUCCGUCCAAAUGAACCCUUACGGCGGGAGAAUGGAAGAGAUUUCGGACACAGAAACUGCUUUUGCGCACCGUGGCGGAAACCUUUUCAUGGUGCUAUAUAGUGUGACAUGGUCCGAGUCAGAUGGAGGAAUCAACGCCACUGCACGAUACGUCGAGCUAUCGAGGAGGUUGUACCGCGCAAUGGCGCCGUACGCAUCAAGCAACCCGAGGGAAGCAUUCCUCAACUACCGAGAUCUCGACAUCGGUAGCAAAGAAAGUAACGGGACAGAUUUAGAGGAUGCCAAGGAAUAUGGGGCAAAAUACUUCAAGAACAAUUUCAUGAGGCUGAUGAGUUUGAAAACCAAGAUAGACCCCGAAAAUUUCUUCAGAAACGAACAAAGCAUACCGCCAUUGUCAACACGAUCAGACCAUUGA